AAAUUCCCUUACUUCCGUUUUGCUAAGUAGGUCACUUCAGCCUGGCGUUGAACGAUAAGCCGCAUCGCUAGACAACGGUUGCUUCCUUUUCUGAUUCAAGAACGGAAAGUUUAAUACAAUGGGUGUAGAAAAGCAAGUUUUGGCACAAGGAGACGGUAAGACUUUCCCCGAGAAAGGACAGACAGUUGUUGUGCACUAUACAGGAACUCUAACUGAUGGAAAGAAAUUUGAUUCCUCAAAAGACAGGGGCAAGCCUUUUGAAUUCAAAAUUGGAAUGAGCCAAGUCAUUAAAGGAUGGGAUGAAGGUGUCAUGACAAUGAGUGUUGGUGAGAAAGCUAUUUUGACAUGCUCCCCCGACUAUGCCUAUGGACCAAGUGGGGUUGGCGGAGUUAUACCACCCAAUGCCACUCUAAUCUUCGAGGUGGAACUUUUAGGACUGAAGUAGAGGCCAUGUUCUAGUGGCACAGCGAUAGAGUACCUCCAUGUAUCAAGUGUUCUAUACUCCAUGUAGUGCUGUAGUUUGAUUGUAACUUAACAUUUUGGGAACAUUUAUCAGUUUUCUCAACAUCUUGUGUUUGAUGGAUAACGAAGUUCUAUUGAGAUUGGUAAUAUUUCUACAUGAUUCAUUUUUAAGAACAAUUGAAAAUCUGUGAACAUGAUAUUUGAUAGUUAUCUCACAUUUUUGACUCUUUUUUUCUCUAUUUUCACUUUUACACAGAACAUUUGUAUCAAAAUUUUUAAUUUUGUUGCUAUAAUUUAUGGAAACAAUUUUGUCUCUUGUUGUAAAUGGAAAAAAUAUGAUAAAAAAAGGAUUUAAAAAACAGGCUUGUUAUAGAAUUUAUUUGAAAAUAAGAGAACAUGCUAAUUUUAUGCAUUACCGAAGCUUCUUGCAUAAAAAUCUGCAAAACCAUG